UUCGGAAAUGUCAUACUGCUGGGGCCACCUAUCUCUGAUUUUGUUAACUAAAUUCCAAUUUGUGGUGAAUUUUUGUGGUGCUUGGAAAUGGUGGACAGAGGACUGAUUACCAGCGAAGUUGAAUGCUCCACGAAUUUUUCCUAAAUUCGAGGGAGAGACGUUAUUCAUCAUGUUAUGACCUUCUUGCAAAUUCAGAACUAAGAAGCUUCAGGAUGACUAAUAAAGGCACCAAAAAGGGCAAGAAGCCCUUGCAAACAACACUAGGAAAAGCACCAGGGCAAAAUGAAAAGGAAGUGGAUCUAUCUCAUGUUAGAAAACCAAUAGACACCAGUGUUUUUGGUCUCAAACAAGUAUUGUCACUUUUCAGCACUGCAACUGAAGAAGUGAAAGACUACAUUACAUAUGAAUGUGAUAUUAUCUAUGAGUGUAGGAUAUGCAAAACCAUAUUCAGAAGUUUGGCCAACUUCAUUCUACAUAAGAGGAGUUUCUGUUGUGAUAAAUAUAUCCCAAUAGGAGUAGCAAGCACUUACUGUAAUACAAAGGAACCUUCUCAACCUCCACAUCCUCCUUCAACUACUAAUCUGGAACUAAGGGGCCUGCAAACUGUAGAAGUUCUUGACUCAGGCAAACUUGUAGCUGCAAAUCCAACAUCUAAAGGUUUAUCACCUGUUAUUGCAAAACUCAAAGAAAAACAAGAAAUAUCCCGGCUAACACAAGAAAUCAUAAAUAAGGACUUCUCUAAUGAAAAAACAGAAGAAAUGAGAAUGGGAGCAAUGACAAAUAAUGAUCUGCUAUUGGAAGAAAUAGCUACUAAUAAUGCAGCUGUUUUCCAAACUAUAUUGCAUGAUAUUCCAGAAAAAACUAUUGGAAAACCUGAGUUGAUAAAAUCAGAGGUGAUGGAGAUUCAUGGUAUGUUAGAUAGUGAUGAAGCAGUAUUAGGAGCAGAUGGGAAAAUUUGUAACUUUCAGACUAACAAAAUUAACAGCAAUCCAAUCAUACCUAAACUCAAACUGGUGUGCACAGAAUGUAAUAUGCAGUUUUCAACAAAGAAGACUCUUACAUUCCACUUGAAAAAUAAACACAAUGAUACUAGUCUGGUUUAUGUUUGUCCAGACUGUAAGGAUACCUUUGCAAAUUCUUGGUGUGUUUACAGACAUCUCUACAAGGUUCAUCGCAAAACCUCAGCUCAAGUGAAAAGACUCAGAGAACAGGUUCAUAAAAGUGUGAUCAGGAAAGACUAUGAACCACAUAAGAAACUUGACAAGAAAGAAUCAGAAAAUCUGGAUAAGACAGAUGAAGAAAAUCAGUGGUUGAACAACAUAGAGGGUGAUAACGCAUUCCAAAUGUGCGGCGGAUGCGGCAAACGUUUCGAACGUAAAGCCGCUCUGCAUUCACAUGCUACCAUGUGCAUCAAAAGAAUAGCCGUGUGCAACACGAUAAAAGAAAACAACGCCAAGAAAAAAGAGGAAGAGUCGAGAGAUGCAAAGACCAAAGCCAUAAAAGUUGAUAGAACCAUUACAGAGGGAGCACCAAUGAAAGGGGCUUCUAAAAGGAAGCCAUACUUGUUGAGAACUUAUAAGACCAUCGAAAAAAUCGACCAAGUUCCGGAUGUGAACGAUAACAAAAUAGUCUGUAAUGAUACAGAAAUGGUAUUGGAGAGUGAACAUUCCCUAGAAGAUAAUAAAGAUGAUGGUCCAAUAAUUGAUAUUAUGGACUCUCAUGCUUUGUCUAGUAUCAAAGAUUUCGUCCAGAACGACAAGAGUUCGUUCCUGAAGUCUGACAACGAUCUAGAAGAGCACUCGCUUCUGAAGAAGCCACAAACUGUUAGCGAGUUUGAUCUGUUCUGCAAACGGGUACUAGAACAUCUAAGACAAACUGGAAUAAGUAAAAAAUCAGAAAAUCCAACAAGUACUGACUGCAUCUCGGAAGAGCCGAAUCAAGACAAUAAGUCCGACACUGUCACUAGAAGCGAUGACAUAUUCGUGGAAUCAGUUACCCAUGCGGAAUCGGAGCCCGAGCUGGAGAUGAAUACGAGUUUGGAGGCAGCUGCCAUAUCCCCAUGUAGAAUAAGCAUCCGCAGCUUGGACGAUUUGAUCGGAUUUUCCAAAGAGGAACAGGAACAGAAAACCAAAAUUCCCACCAUGAAGACGCCGUCACCGACUCGCAAAUCGCCUAGGAGCCCUAGGACUCCGCGGAGCCCGCGCACUCCCAGGAAGGUCGUGCAGCGGCUGAUUAGGAGGAAGCGGACGAAAUCGUUGGAUUUGGAUAGCAAGGAUUCUAAAAUGUCGGAUUUCGAGGCGAUCUCUGACGAUCGAGAUCGUGUCUUCAUGACCAGGGCCGCACCUUAUAUGGACGGACUCAAUUUGAUGUGCAAGUCUUGCCAGACCAAGUACCCCACAUUUUCGAAGUUGCUCUGGCAUAUGUCUGCACAUUUUUCUUGGUUCAGGUUCCAAUGUAGCAAGUGCUCCUUCAUAACAUUCAGCAAGACCGAUUGCGCAGAGCACGCCGAACAAAACCACAGCGCAGGAAAAAGCGAAAUCGGUAGCAUAGUACUGCCCAUACCCAAUUGGAAGACUGCCCUCAUGUCCAACGAAUUCCGCGAGCUGAGAAACGACCAAGAACUGUGCGGGAUUCACACGGACGAAGUCAUGAUAGGCAGCGAGAGCGGCGAAGGGGUAGUCAGAGACACAGAAGAAAACAUUCAAGACAACAUCAUCGACACCCUGUUUAUUGACUCCGAUACGGAAAUGACGGACUUAGCCGAUGAAGUGAUACCAUUCCCGGCGCCAAUCCGAGGCAAAACGGAUUUCAUCAAAGCAGAGAGCAUCGACAUUGUGGACGAAGACAAAGACUCCUUCCAGUUGGAGAUGCCCGACGAAAUAUACACCAUGGACAUUUUCGAAGUAAUUGAAGUUGACAGCUGGGAGAAUGACAGGUACGGCGAUCGGAACGGAGCGAAGAUCAAAAGCGAGCGCCGGGACAGCGACGAUUUCGUUAUACCGGGGCUCGUGAACGAGGAACCACCUGUUUCGGACUCGAAAGUUAUCUCCAUCAAGACCGAGGACCCGAUCGGCAAUAUGAGGCCUAUAAGAAACCGGAUGAGGAGCAUAAAAACGCUGCAGAAUGACUUUUUCUAUGACCUCACUGGGGGAAAGCUCAGCGAUCCCGCGGCGAGUAAGGUGAAUGGUUUGCCGAAGUUGAAGAGAAACCCAAAUGCUUGUCCUAGAAAGGUAAAAGGUAUGAGAGUUUAUUCCAAGAAAUAACUUGUUCCUUUUGAAUAGUAACGCGGUGUUAUUGUAAAUAUCUCACAACAUUUGUGAAGUAAAUAGUUUUGUUAUUUAUUUCUUGUUCAUAUUUUUGUUUCGGUUUACUAUUUAUUGAUAGGGUAAUGAAAUAAUUAUUAAUUUUAAUAUAUAUUUUUUUCAUAUUCCAA